AUGACGCUCGGGGUUGAAAGCGAGGCCGGCCUCCAUCCAAGCCACAACACAAGGACCAUUUCCGACUCCAGCUUUUUCAGGGAGCAUCGGGCGUAUGCACUCCCUACCCCGGCCGAGGUCAGAGCUAUCAACGAGGAAUCAGUCAACAUUACUGGCAGAAGGUUCAACCGACCCCCACCCGUCAAGUUUCCAUCAUUGGGCCUAGGCCUGAAUAAUCAACCUCUAAAUGAUAUCUUUCUAUCCGGUCACCGGGACUUGGCUGGCCCAUUCUACGGCGUAGACGCCGUGCGGAAAUUCCAGAAUGGCUGCGAUAUCGAGAUUGAUGAGGAUGUGUCUGUGGUCUUUACUCAUGCCGAUCUUGUACCACCGAUUAUCAUUUUCUCGUCCGGGUCGAAUCCGGUAGUUGCUGUUGUCAUUGAUUGGUGCCAGGCUGGGUGGUAUCCUGCUUACUGGGAGUAUUGCAAGGCGCGUCGUGUCAGGGCGAAUCCGAAAUAUUUUGAAGAUUGGGAAGAAGAAUGGAAUGCGAGAUAUCUGCCGACUAUUUUGGAUCCGGUUGACGAUGAGACGGUGUAUCACCCUUGGUUGUGGUUUGUCUUGUAUAAGGGUAUCUACCUAGUGUGA